AUGACGUUGCCGGGAGGCGCCGGCGGCGCGGCGAUGCUGGCGGCAGUGCUGGCGGGCGGUGCGGAGGGGCUGGUGCUCGUGCGGGACAGCACCGUGUGCGAGGGCCGCAGCCUGCUCCGGGCCUUCGCGAUGGCGGCAGUGCGGAGGGGGGAGUGUGUCCUCGUGGUGCCCUUCGACGUCUCCCCAGAGCAGUUUGGGGCCAGGCUGAGCCCCGACAUCGGUGCCCAGCUGCUCUACUGGGACGGUUUCAGCGACCCUCUGGGCUGGAGCGGCGGGGGCCCCGGCAUCCGGGCAGGCGACUUUGUGGGGCAGGGGGGGCCAGGAAGGCUCCCGGAGGGGCCCCUGACGCUGUUGCUGGACUCGCUGAGCUGGCUGCUGCUGCGCCUGCCCCCUCCCCGACUCUGCCAGGCCCUGCAGGCACUGCUGCGACCCCCCCGUGGCACAGGCCCAGCAACCCGCGUGGUGGCCCUGCUGCACGGGGACCUGCACUCGCCCGGGCUGCUGGCAGCGCUGAUGGCCCAGGCAGGGGCUGUGGUGGCCCUGGGCCCAGUGCCCCCCCUCCCUGGUGGCCCCCGCCACGCCACUGUCCUGAGCCGCUCCCGAGGGGGGGUGCUCAAUGCCAAGGAUGAAUAUUUCUGCCUCCUGCCUGACUGCAGCCUGCAGGUGCUCGGGGAGGUGCCGGGGAGCCCCCUGCCCGGGGCGAGGCGGGGGGGGGGCCUCCCUCCACCCCAGGCCCUCCUGUCCCCCCUGACCUUCAACCUGCGGCUGUCAGCAGCCGAGCGGGCGGCCCGGGCAGCUGUGCCUCCCCCAUAUGCUUUCAGCACCCACAAGCAGUCGGCCCUGCUGCAGAUGCCAGGGACCCUCUCGGCUGCCCCAGAGGAGCCAGACACGCCAGACCCGGAGGACCCUGACGACGACCUGGAUGUGUGACCCCCGGGCUGUGUGCGUGUGGGGGGUCCAAUAAAUCUCUGACUGCCCUUUGGCA